AACAAAAUAUAGAUACAACAUCAGACUAUUAACUAAAAAUGGGCAAACCCAAACAAAAUUCGAAAAACAGCGCGCUACCCAGAUCAAGUUGUGGAUGAAAUUGCCAUAAUUAUUUCCCUUUGGAUUUCGUUUUGGGUUUUCGUUUUGGGUUUUCGUUUCUUAGUGAUUUAAAAAGCUAUAAUCGUUGGAGUUAAUCAUCGGCAACAUCCGGAGAAAGAUUUAAUUUGAUUCCUGGAAUUUUAUGAUUGUUUAGAACCAUUGUGAGAUGGAUGAUGGUGAAGAAUCGGCUAAUCGGGUCAUGAAUGCUGCAAUAUAUGGCCAAGAUGUUUUUGGUGAGAUGUCGCAUGAAGCAUCGUCAGAAACAGAAGAUUGUCCGACCGGUCAAGAUCAUGUUCAGAAACAUGGUCCUACAGGUCAGGCCCAUGUUCAAGAGGAUGGUCCUAUGGAUGAAGAUCAAUGUGGUCCUAAGGAACAUGGUCAUGUUCAAGAAGAUGAUCAAACGGGUCAAAUUGAUGUUCAAGAUGACGGUUCAGUAAAACAGCUUGAGAAAUCCACCAGUAGAAUAGGAGACAUCGAUACCAGGGCACCCUUUGAGUCUGUUAGAGAAGCCGUUUCCAUGUUCAGUAGUAUCGUCCACUGGAAAGCCCAUAAAGUUCGGAUCGCAGAGAGGCGCAAGCAAGUUGCACAAGAACUUAGAAAAGCACAAGAAGAGAUCCCAUUACUGAAGAAAAAGUCCGAGGCAGCAGAAGAAUCGAAACAACAGGUCUUGAAGGAGCUCGACAACGCAAAGCGGCGUCUAGAGGAACUGAAACUGAUUGUUGAGAGCGCGGAAAAAGAAGAGAGCCAAGCAAAACAAGAUGCUCAACUUACAAAUCUAAGAGUGGAAGAAGUAGAACAGGGGAUUGCAGAUGAAUCUAGUAUUGCUGCCAAGAAACAAUUACAAGUUGCACAGGCCCGACAUCAAGCUGUGGUUUCUGAGCUCAAUACAGUUAAGCUCGAGCUCGAAAACCUCCAAAAAGAAUACACUUCACUUGUGUCUGAUAGAGAUUUAGCUAUAAAGAAAGCUGAAGAGGCUGUGUCCAGUACUACAGAAACUGAGAAAGAUGUCCAAGACCUGACUAUUAAACUGAUAACCAUUAAAGAGGCAUUAGAAUCAGCCCAGGGUGCAUAUUUGGAGGCCCAAGAAACCAGAACCGAAGCAGGUUUGAACGGGGAACAGGAAUUGAAGCAAUCGGAAGAAGAAUGGGAAAAGAUGGCAGAAACCGACGAUGUAGAGUCAAAACUAGAUGCUGCUUCAGUUUUGGAAGCAGAACUGGCAUCUUACAUGACAGAAAGCCAUAUAAAUAUACAAUCAGAGGCCGAUUUAGCGAAGAUGGACCUCGAACAAGUGAAGAAAAACAUCGAAAUUACGACAUAUGAAGUGAAUGAUUUGAAACUCUAUGCAAGUUCAUUAAACUCUGAACUAGAACAAGAGAAAGCAACACUUGUUGAUGUAAAACAAGGCGAAUGGAUGGAGGCCGGAAUAACGGCGGCUCUUGAAGCCGACUUGAUGAGAACGCUUUCAGAAGUUACAGUUAUUGAAAUGAAAGAAAGGGCGGCACGGUGGAAAACGGUUGAACUCCCGAAACAACUUGAGAAGGCAUCUGAAGAAGCAGAUCAGGCUAAAUCGCGUGCUCGAAACGCACAUGAAGAGCUGAAGAAAGCUAAAGCUGCAGCAAAAAAAGCCAAAAAGAGAGAAAACAAAAUGAUCAAAAAACUAAAUGCUGCGACAAGGGUGGUCGAGGCAGCACGCGCAUCAGAAAGAUUUGCUCUUGGAGCGAUUAGCGCAGUUGAGGAGAGCGAGUCGGCUAGAAGCAGCGAAAGUGAGCCCGAGUCAGGGAUCACUCUUUCUGUAGAGAAAUACCAAGAACUAAGCCAGAAAGCGAACGAAGCCGAGAAUGAAGCUAACGAUCGCGUGUCGGAAGCCAUUUCCCAAAUCGAUAUAGCGACAGAAUCGGAACAGAAAGCUGCGAAGAAGCUUGAUGAAGUAAAAUCUGAUCUAGUUACAAAAAAGGAACAGCUCUCGACCACAAUGCAAAAGGCCGAGAAGGCCAAGGAAGGAAAGCUGGUGGUCGAGCAGGAACUUAGAAUAUGGCGCUCUGAACAUGAGCAAAGACGGAAAGCUGAAGCGUCUCGAAAGAAAAAGAAACGAUCGUUCAUCCCCAGAAUGUGCAUGUUUUUGUGCAGUAAGAAAGGACGACAUUUAAACAAAUAAUAUGAUCAUAUACAAAUCGCAUUA